UUGACAGCUGACUGGAAGUGAUUUUUGUUGUUGAUUAUUGCUGACUCCGAUAAUUUCUUUCUUUUAAUAAGUAAAUUUACAAAUUUAAGUAAAAGAAGUGCUUAUUAACAGUAGAUUUUGAAACAAUGUCACGAGAUAAAAGUGUUUGGUUUGCGGAGGAAAUUCUUUUAGACGCCAAGCUUAUUAAUUUCCAAUUAGAAACCGGAGAAUGGGAUGCGGUGGAGGAAAUGUUACGAGCAGAAGCACAGUUAUCGAGAGAUGCAGAAACUGGAAGAUUAAGACCUAAAAAAGCCUCAGAGUACACAUUACGAUUGAUAGCAGAGGUUCUGCACAUCAUGAGGCUGGAUGUAGAACAAGCUUCAUACAACCGCAGCACACUUGCAGUAGCCGAGCAAUGCCUUCGCUUAGUCCGGUCAUGUGCAGCUGCUGGCACCAAAAUGCAGACUUAUAUCUCAAAAGAACUCUCCAUUCUUGAUUCUAUGCUCAUAUUGGCCACAGAGUUUCAACAUCCAAGUGUAGAAAUACUUAAUGAGGAAUUACAAAAGAAAUUUGAAGGCUGCAUGACAGUACUAAUACAAACUCUAGGCAACCUUGUUGUUAACAAUCCUUUUAAUCAAAUCAUGAUAUGGAACAAAUUUGAUACAAUCAUCUUGAACUGUUUGAUUGGACAAAAUGAUAAAAUAGCUUCCGCAGCAGCUAUGAUAGUCUACAACAUACUCUUAGGUCAACCAAAUGUGUUACCAGAUGAUGUAUCCUUACUUAAUUCACUUGCAUACAUGUACAAUAAUGGCAACAUUGAAUAUCCACAUUUAAUUAUAGAAUACCUUAUCGGUGUAGAAAACACAUACAUUGAAAGGUUAUAUUCUAAAUUAGAUCCCGAGUGCAGAAUGCUCGUUUUAAAUCUGGCAUAUAAUAUUUUAAUGUCAACCGAAUCACAGGAUAUAAAUGUGUCAGUUAAUUUUGUUAAGUUUAUGGCACACGAGUUUAAAAGUAAAUCGGAUUGCAUAUUGAAAACUGUUGAUAAAUAUGUAAACAGCAUUGAACCUCAAGAAGUGGUUUUUCUAUUAGAAAUUAUUGCAACGGCAUCCAGCAUGGAUGCUUAUAUGGAUUGUUUGCAGAAUGACACAUCUCUAUUCAUCAAUUGUGCUUUUCUUCUUCGUGCCAUUCACAAAUUAGGUAAAGAGAGUAACAAUUUCUUUUCGUCAAUAAACAAACUUUAUGAAGCUACGGGCAAACAUUUAAUCAAUGAUGAAAAUAUAUCGUCCAACAACGUUCCACCAGAAAUUCCGCUAUGUAAAAAUGAUUCAGCCGACAACAUGUUAUCUUGUAACGAAACGACAUCCGAAUGUACGGAAUCAGAGAGCAGCGAACAAUACUUUGAAUGUAAUGAAAAUCCUCCUUUCCUUGAUAAAAUAGAUACAUUGAACGCAUUAGAUAAUUUAAAAUUCAUGGAAUCAAUGCCCGAACCUAAAAGAAGUCCGGAUUUCAAUCCAAAUGUUAAAAUAGAUGAUUUGGCUAAAGUCGCAUUCAAAAGAAGUAGUUCCGUACCAAAGACUGACGAACGCAUCUCCAUGCCAACUAGAAGGAUCAGUUUAGAACAUAAAAUAGAUAUUGGUGAUGAUAAUGAACCUCCUUUGAUUAUGGAUUCUCAAUCACCUUCUGGUAGUAUGAAUACAAUAGCCGAAGUGAUCCCAGUAGGUCUACAACCAAGAUUAGAAUUGCAAGAAGGUAGUAGAACAGAUUCACAAGAUAGUUCACCGAAUGAUCCUCCAACUGAAAUACAUAUGCCGACUGAAGCUAAAGAAGUUAAAGCAUCUCCAAGUGAAAUAUCUCCACCAUUAUCAGAUGCUGUACCAGAUAAUGAUUCACAGAAACAAUCACCCGAUACACCAAAGGAGAUUAAGAAAAGUCAAAAUCUAUCAACAGAUUUUGAUCUCAGCGAACAAUUACAGAAGAUCUUAGGUAUAUCAUCGGAGAAAACGCGCGGAGACUCAACUAAUGUUGAAAAGAAAACGGAACCGGUUAAAGAAGUGAAAUUAGCGGAAGAGAAUCCAUCAGCUAAAAUACCAUCUGUUAAAAUUGAUUCGCCAGAAACACAAAAAACAAGAUUGGGGGCAAUAGACAUGAACACACCAAAGAAGGCAGUGACUUGUGUGGAGACAGUGGAGCGGCAUGUUGCAUUCGGCUUCAAGGCGGCGCUCGUGAGGACACUCGCCAACCUCUGCUGGAAGCACCAGGAGAACAAGAGACAGAUGCGAGAAUUGGAAGUUAUUCCCGUGCUUUUAGAUUGCUGUAACAUCGACGCGCGAAAUCCUCUUAUUAUGCAAUGGGUGAUUUUCGCAGUACGUAAUUUGUGUGAAAAUUGUCCAGAAAAUCAGGAGGUUAUAUCAAGAAUGACUCUCCAAGGACCAGUAGACAACGAGGUGCUCCAGGAAAUGGGCCUCACUCUACAUACAGAUUCACAAGGCAAUAGCAUAAAAGUAGCGCCAUUGCAACGAGCUUGAAAAUAUAGUAGAAAACCAGGCUUUUUCAACAGCAAUUCUUUUAAUAGCUACAUAGAAUAUCCAGUAAAAAAAAUAAACUUACGCUUCGAACAUUCACAAAAUUGAUGUUCCAUUCUCAAGUUAAAAUGUUUAAUCUGGAAUGCAUUAUGCUAUAUCGACGAUAGAAGAAUGAAGUAAAAUAUGAACUAAUGAAUGUUAUUUGAUCUGUACAUUAUGUAUGGUAAAAAAUAAAAAUAUACAAAAA